AUGCACUCGGGUUUCGACCAGGAACCCGUCCCGAACGGCGAGUAUGAGUACGCUUGCACCACCACAUUCAGCGGGGUAUCAGUCUUCAACAUUCUACAAGAAUUCAUCCAACCCAGCAGUGGGACAUCUCUUGAUUUCUUGGUCUGGGGGAUCCUCGGCGUUGUUCCAGAUGCAACUUUGUCCACAGAGGUGUAUGUUGUCGGCGAGAUCAUCUUAGAGAUCGCCGGGCCGAUCCCAAAUUACUAUCCUUCGUAA